AUGGUUUGCGGGUGAGGGGCGCGCGCGCGCGCGGAGCCCGCCUCGUGAGCAUGGCAACCGAGACGGAGCCGGGGGAGCCCGGCAAGGGGAAGUCCUUUAAGCUGCUUGGGAUCCUUGACGUCCAGAACACCCCUUGUGCCCGGGAAUCCAUUCUCUAUGGAGCGCUGGGGGCCGUGGUGGCUAGCAUGGGGCACUUCUUGUUUACCAGUCGAAUUCGAAGAUCUUGUGACGUCGGCUUUGGAGGGUUUAUUGUGGUGACGUUGGGGUGUUGGUUCCACUGUAGGUACAAUUAUGCCAAACUGAAAAUCCAGGAAAGAAUUGCUCUAAAAGGCAUGAAAAACAAGGUUCUGUAUGAGAGCACGCAUCUGGAUCCAGAACGCAAAAAAGCCAGCAGUGAUGGAGGCUUGCAGGAAACAGGACUUGCAGGAACCCGACAAGACUAGAAGGAGCCCCGCUGCCCUGGAGGCCCCCCCCCCCCACCCCAUCAAAAUCUUCGCCAGCCACUGGGUAGGGCGGCCAGAGCUCUGAGCCCCCCACAGAGAGCUUCCCUGGGACAGAGAAACAGAGCGACCAGCCUUGUGUUGUCUAAGCAGUCACACCAUCCUCGCUGAUGCCCGGGGCCGCCGUAUGGACGGCCACCACCUGCUGUGGCCAAGCUAGGUCUGGGACAAGUCAGAAUGGCGAAAAAUAAAUGAUGCUGUCUUGCCCAGCACCUUUGGAAACGA